AUGCAUCUGGUGAAGGAAGAGCGCACUGGCGCUGCUAUCUCGAUCGUUUCGGCCAAUUCCGAGGUGGACCCUGAAGAUGACUGGGCCGGCAUGGGAGAUCGCAAAGAACGACGGCGACGACAGAACCGUCUGAACCAGCGGGCCUACCCAACGCGGCAAACACAGACUCAACCACCGAAUCAGGUAAUACGAAGAACGGUCAAAACGGAGGAACCCACGCGCAGCAGCGACGAACAGAUGAUCACGGUCCUCUCCCCAUCGACCUCCUCCCCCAACUCGACCACGAGUCCCUCCACAUCUGCAUCAUCAUCAUCAUCAUCAUCCACAUCCUUCUCCUUCUCCUUCUCAACACGACCACCAUCCCAGUCGCAAACCCGCAGCAGCACGAGCACGAGCACGAGCACGAGCAGCAGCCCGCGCCCCGACCGCAAACCCUGCACGGACCUGACCACGCAACGAGACCUCCAGACCCUGCUCACCGACUUCACCCGCGUCGCCUACGCCUCCUACAUCCACGGCUCGCCGACCCUCGACCACCUGCUGACGCUCAGCCGCAUGAACGUCUACCGCGCCUUCGCCACCAACAUGGCCACCCUGGGCAUGGGCACCGGCGCCGAGUGGAUGCACGACGACGCCCUCUCCCCCUUCACGACCCUGCAGCCGCACAGCGCCCUCGACCCGACCGCGCUGCCGCCGCACCUGCGCCCCACGAAGCUCCAGCAGACCGUCCCGCACCACCCGUGGCUGGACUUCUUCCCCCUGCCGCGGCUGCGCGACAACCUCGUCGCCAUGGCCGACCGCUUCGACGACGAGGAGCUGUGCCUGGACAUCAUGGGGUUCUGGGACUCGCCCACGCACACGUACAGUCUGCUCGUGUGGGGGGAGCCCUCCGACCCCGGCAACUGGGAGAUCACCGAGGACUUUCUGCGCAAGUGGCCGUGGGUGGUGCGCGGGUGCGCCGAGUUGUUGGCCAGCACGAAUCGGUGGCGGGCGCGGAGGGGCGAGAAGUUGCUUCUGCGGUAUUUGUGA